AUGGGAAGUAGACACGCUGCAUUUCCUGCCCUGGAGGAGAGAUACGCAGAUAUUCAGGACCCCAAUCUUCGCCGCCGUCUUAUAUUGCAAGAUAUUGACCGCCGUCCAUUCGGUCAAGCUCAUGUUCGCGCUGUUCUCGUUGCGGGAACAGGGUUUCUCACAGACAGCUAUGAUAUCUUCGCUAUUGGACUAUGUUCGGAAAUGCUCGGUUUCACUUAUUUCCCCGACAAUGGUAACAAGAUUCCGCAGUCUGAUGACACUCUGAUCAAGGUCACCACCUCUGUUGGUACUCUUAUUGGUCAAUUGUUCUUCGGAUGGCUUGCCGACGUCGUUGGAAGGAAGCGAAUGUACGGAUAUGAGCUUUUGAUCAUCACCAUGGCCACCCUCGGUCAAUGCAUUACUGGACCUUCGCCAGCCAUCAGCAUCACUGGCCUGCUAGUCUUCUGGAGAGUUCUGAUGGGGCUAGGUAUUGGAGGCGACUAUCCUUUGGCAAAUGUAAUAACGAGUGAGUAUUCCCUUACUAAAUGGAGAGGGACCAUGGUGGCAGCAGUCUUUUCAACUCAGGCUCUGGGUCAAUUCCUUGCAAGUCUGGUGGCCUUCAUCGUCAUCGAGUCAUUCAAAAGCCAGACCCACAAUUCAUUCAAUGUCUGUCUGGGAGAACGCUGUACCAAAACUGCCGAGGGGCAGAUCGCUGUGGAUAGGAUGUGGAGGAUCAUCAUAGGUUUUGGUGCCAUACCGGCUCUCAUCGCAUUAUACUGUCGGCUCACAAUCCCAGAAACACCCCGUUACACCUUUGAUGUGACAAGAGAUGUUGAACAAGGCUUUGCAGAUUACAAAGCCUUCUGUAUGAACACCAUAGGCCCCAUGAAGGGCCAAGGCCAAGUUUCAGCGGACCGAGAGAAUGUUCGGAAUCAAUUGAAUGAUCAAAACCUAGGCGGACUUGAUGCCGAAGCGAUUCCCCCAUCUUCCUGGUCGGAUUUCAAAAGAUACUUUGGAAAAAGAAGAAAUUUACUCACCUUGAUCGGCACGGCAGGGUCAUGGUUCUUCCUCGAUGUUGCCUAUUAUGCCCUCCUCUUGAACAAUACCAUCUUUCUCAAGCAAAUGGGCUUCGGUGGGGUAUCCCAUGAGACGAAACACACCAUCUACACCAUAUUGAGGACCGGUGCCGUUGGAAACCUGGUACUCGUGGUGGCAGGAGCCAUUCCAGGAUCAAUCCUCUCAAUUCUUCUCGUCGACAAGAUCGGACGCAAGCCAAUCCAGAUAUUUGGAUUUGCGAUGAUGACCAUGCUUCUUCUCAUCUUGGGAAGCGCUUUCAACUCAAUGAACAACUCGUCACGAGUCGCUCUGUACGUGUUGAUACUCAUCUUCGUCAACUUUGGCCCAAAUACCACGACUUUCAUUGUAGCUGGAGAAUGCUUCCCCACCAGAUACCGAAGUACAGCUCACGGAAUAUCAGCAGCUUCCGGGAAGCUCGGUGCAGUGCUUGCUCAGGCCCUAGCAGGGCCUUUGAGAAGAGUUGGUUUCAAGGAGGGAGAAACCGAUGCUUCCCCUUGGCUACCACAUGUCAUUCAAAUACUCGGAGCAUUCGCGUUUUUAGGUUUAUUGACAUCAUUGCUGAUCCCGGAAACGAAAGGUAGAUCACUUGAAGAUCUUGCUGGCGAAGAGUACGCGGAGGACGAAGGAAGAGGAGAUCCCUCGUGGUAUUCAAGGCUUUGGUUGAGAUUGAGAGGCAAGCAAGAAGGUAAUGAUGAGAGGGUCGAUGACGAAGGAGACCCUGAACCCAGCAUAUUUUCAACAUUGCCGAAAAUCAACGGCUCACAAGGCUUGCUCGGCGUGGAGAGUAUCCGACCAGGAAAAUUUGAGACGACAGGGAAGCAUGAUCUGAAGCAGAUAAGGUAG